AUGGAGGACGAUCUACAGAGACCCUAUUUUGUUUGUACUAGAGAUGAUCUUAAAGAGAAGAUGAAUAAACAGAUCAAUGAUAUCUCCGAGAUCUUCUGCGUUUCAAACUCCGACGUGACUGCCCUCCUCAUGAAACUCAGAUGGAACUCGCAGCUUCUCUCAGAGCGGUUGUGCCAAGAAAACAACAAACUGUCGACUGAGUCAGGUUUUGUCACUGACUCGAACCAAGAUUUGUCCCAUUCCGAUUCUUCUUGUGAUGACGUUGAUGACAAAGUCUCCACACCCUUUUGUUCUCAUCAGUUCUCCAUAAAUUACUGGAGUAAGUACCUUGAGAAGAACAAGAAGAAAUAUACAAUCUCUUGUCCUCUUCAAGGUUGUCCAGCAGAAGUUGAGUGGGACGCGAUCGAGAACCUAACGGUAAGGAAAAAGAACAGGAAUACUCAGAGCUGCCUUGUUGGAAACAUUCUGGCCUGGAACAAGAGAGUAGAGACAAACGCAGCAGGUGGAUGCGCAAGUAAUCCAGUAACAAGCCAUCGGGAUAUAAACGGACUAUCAGAACCAGAAGUAAUCAACCACUCAUUAAGACAGCUUCCAUCAUUCAACUCUGUUCAAUUCCACAAUGAAAGGUCUAAACCAUUAAUCACCUAUAAAAACACCAAAGCUAAACGAGAUCAAGCACAAUGA